AUGGAUCCUGCUAGGGAAAUUGAGGAUGGAGAAGAGAAUGAUUCAGAAGGGGCAAGCCUGAUUGCCAGGAGCAAGGACAAAAGGGGAAAGGACAAGAAGAAGGCCGAGCCCAAUGACCAAGAUCAAACAGCUCUGGUGGAACUUCUCAACAGCCACUCUGCUGUUGCCUACAUGGUGACACCAGAGGAGGCUACAGAGAUGCCAAAUUCGGUAUACUUUUUGACUGAUGAGCAAGUAGCUGAGUUUAUUGAUUCUGAUCCAGAACUGGCAAGGAAGAAGAAUAAGAACAAAGGAUUCUCAGAAAAUCUCCAGGUAGCAGUCGUCCCAUCCGCUGCCACAGGAGCUACUGGGGUGGUUGCGGGUACGUUGAUUGGGGCCGGUGGUCUUGCGGCUAUAUUGUGCAUUACUGGGGCCAUCUGUCCAGAGACACAAGAAGUCAGAGUGGAUACCAGUGGCACCAUGAUAUUUGAGAAUCUAGCACGAGCUCCCACUGAAGAAGAGGAAGCUGGAGUCGUUGUGGAGAUGGCCAGGUUCUACCAACAAUUCAUAGCGGAAGCUUUUGGUGCUGUUGCCACACAAUCACUUGCAUCAGGAGCUGACACACUUGAAACAACUCCAACACAGUUUAUUGACUUUCAGAUUAUGGAUGCCAAUUUUAGCACGACAACUACUGUCCGGAAGACGGUGACUGGAGAGGACAUUACUUGUGUAUCACAGAGCAAUUUUUUGGGUCAAUCUGUCUUCCUUGUUAAUCUCAGACGGCGGCAACGGCGAUCCCUUCAGUCAACUGGUGGAGAGAAAAUGGUUGAUACGCAAGUUGUGGAUCUUGCCAUUCAACGAGCAGACCUUGACAUCUUCCGAACCCAGUAUGCAGCCGUUGCAGAACCAGAGGAUAGCAUCUACCGAGACCUGACUGAAGAUAGUGUGACAUUUGUAACCACAACAACUCCCGCACCAACAACAUCACCAAUUCCAGCACCAUCCUCUAGUCCAACCACCUAUGCACCUACUCAAGCCACUGCUGCGCCUACUGGAGCCACUGCUGCACCAACCGCUCCUCCUGUGGUCACAAGAAGAAUGGUUGGAGCAAGACUAGGGUAUGGAUUCUUUUCAGGGACAACCAUUCGAGAACCGUCCUCUGAAGAAUAUGCUGGUCUGUUUGAGGUAACAGAGGACUUCUAUGAUCAAGUUCUUUCUAGUAGAUCAGCAUAUCCAGGCAUUUUCAUUCCUGGCAGUGAAAUGACAAAUGUUGUGACCACAUUUGAUACUUCAUGUCCCCUACCUGUUAUUGUGGACUUUGACCUGCUUGUCUCAUUUGGCGCCAGUGAUGACAACACCCCUUCUGCUGAGGAUAUCUUUCAAUUGAUGGCAAUAGCCGAUUACCAAGGCUACAUUCGGAAUUAUGUUUGGAAUGCCGAACCACCAGGGACAAUUUUUUCGGCCACACAAACUACAAGUUUUUCUGAAAGAGGCGGAGUCAGCAUAGCACCCAGCCCACAACCCAGCACACUUGCCAGUCCAGAACCCAGUGCAAGACCCAGUGCAAUGACCAGUGCACCAACUGUCACUGCCAGAACCACCAGAUUUGUAGAGUCACGACUUGGGUAUUCAUUCUUUGCUGGCACAACCAUUAGGGAGCCAACAGAUGACGAACUGAAUGGAUUGGUCACGCAAACCAAUUCUUUCUAUGAUGCACAACUCCAAUUGUCAUAUCCAAACUUCUAUGUUCCUGGCAGUGCUUCAAUGACCAACAUUCUUGAGACGUCUGUACAGACUGCAACAUAUCCCGUAAUCUUGGAUUUUGACCUUGCAACAACAUUCACAACCAGUGAUGCCAACACCCCAACAGCAGACCAGAUCUUUGUAGAAUUGGGAUUUUUCCCCUACAGAACCUACAUUGAACAAUAUGUCUGGAGUGCUGAGCCAGCAGGGACCAGCCUUUUCUUCGAUACAGAAAUGGUGGUUUUCCGACCGAGAGGACAAUCAGUCAGAUUUGCAGCACCCAGUGGAACAGCCGCUCGAGUCUUCGGCUCAGACAUGCAAGCGCAAACUGUUGCAGGGGCCUUUAGCACAAGAACUAUACGACGACAACUGGCUCUUGGUUUCUUUCCUGGAACAACAACUCGGCGACCAACAAUUGAGGAAUUCCUCAGUCUGUUUGAGGUCACCAAGGAGUUCUUUGACAGCAUCCUGUCUUUGGCAUAUUCAGGAAUUUAUUCUACAGGCAGUGUUGAAUUGUCAAAGAUUGUGGAGGACUUCUCUUCUGAUCCAGUCCCAACAGUUGUCGUGGACUUUGAUCUCACUGCCAGCUUUGUUACAGACAAUGCCCAUGCUCCUUCCAUCGACAGUAUCACCGGAGUGAUUGAGGAAGCAAAUUACAAUGACUUCAUUAUGUUUUAUGUGUGGAAUGCAGAGCCAAGAGGGACCAGUAUUUUCUACAACACCAACCGUGCAAGUCUGAGAGAAAGAUCUGUUGACCAACAAGAACCAAGUACAGCGCUCAGCCCCUAG